CCAUUUUGAUUUUUAGGUUGUUCAUAGUAAUAGAAUUAGUCCUUGCGUGUUUUAACGAAGCACUACUAUUUGUAUUAAUACAAUAUACGAAAAUGGGAAGGAAAAAGAAGAAGCCAGCAAAGCCUUGGUGCUGGUAUUGCAGUAGAGAGUUUGAUGAUGAGAAAAUUCUUAUUCAACAUCAAAAAGCAAAACAUUUCAAGUGUCAUAUUUGCCACAAAAAAUUAUAUACAGGACCUGGUCUGGCCAUUCACUGUAUGCAGGUUCAUAAGGAGACUAUAGACAAAGUCCCAAAUGCUUUACCAAAUAGAAACAAUGUGGAUAUAGAAAUAUAUGGGAUGGAAGGAAUCCCUGAAGAAGAUAUCAGAGAGCAUGAAAGACAAAGACAAUCUGGAUUAAUUAGUGACGAAGGAAGUGACUCGGAUGUGUCAAAAUCAUUUUUCAACACCACAGUUGCAGGUGGUCUAAAUGCACCCAUGCCACCGAUGCCUGGAAUAAUGCCACCAAUGCCUGGAAUGCCUUUUCCACCAGCUAUGCCAGGUGUCCCACCAAUGGGCCAAAUGCCCCCUAUGACUGGGGGCCAUUUGCCUGCAUUAGGAAUGGGUAUACCUUUUAUGGGUCCAAGAAUGCCUCCUGUGGCCACUAUGCCAAUGGGGUCAAUGGCUACAUCAUCUAUGCAACCAGGACUAAGGGGACCACCACCUGGAAGUGGCAUAACUACAAUGAUAACUGGUCAGACUCCUGCAAAACCUCUCUUUCCAGCUGCUGGAAAGGCUAACAUUACUUCAUCAUCAGCUCCUGUUGGCACAGAUUUUAAACCAUUGAACAGUUCCAGUGUGACAUCUUCCACAUUCCAAGCUCAUGGAAGUAACUCACCAAGUGGCUCCUUACCAGAAGCUACAUUGACUACAAACACAUUAAGCACAAAACCUAGUGUUGGAAAUUUGUCUGAAGCUAAGAAAACAGAGAUCAUAAGCACCACUGGGGCAACUAGUAAAAUAAUACAUCCAGAAGAAGAUAUUUCAUUGGAAGAAAAAAGAGCACAACUUCCAAAAUACCAUAUGAUACCUGGAAUUACACAACCAGCAGUAAGCGGUGUUAUAAUGCCUUCCACUUCUGUGGGCAAGGGUGUUGUGGGUGGGCCAGGUGGUCCUGUUCCACCCACAACAAAUUCUAUGAUGAACGGUAUGAAUAUGAUGAGACCUCCAAUGGGGAUGAUGCCAGGAAUGGCUCCCUUUGCUCACCCAGGACCUAUGAAUUAUCCCCAAGGUCCCAUGCCACCCAUGAUGCCUCGAAUGAUGCCACAGAGUGGACCGCCUCGUCCAUAUUAACAUCCCUGACAGAAGUAGUAGUUUUCAGAUAAGUGAUUGUGGAAUUAGAGGGAUUUGUUUUUUAGUGUGUGAUGGAAAUUCUGCCACAAGGUGUAGCCAAAAAUACACUCUUUUUGAAUGUUUUACAGAAAAUGUAAUGUAGUUUAACCAGAAACUUGAAUUAAUGUACAUCUAGCAUUGUUUAUUGAGUUUUGUCAAGGCUUUGAUUAAAAGAGGUAAGUAGGGUCAUUUAUGGCGAAAAAAAAGUUGAAAGAAUGUGAGUACUGAAUUACAUUUAUUAUGAUUCAUGUCAUGAGCUAAAGUCUUAUUCAGGUGUUUCACUUUGAAAGGUGAGCACUAAAGUUUUUCUGAGACAUCUAAACUGUUUGUAUAAAUUGUAAGUUACGACACUGAAUUGUAUAUGUGUCACUUCUAUGAAUAAAGUUAUGUAUCAUGUGAUGUGGUCUGACUGUUGAGAAUGCUCUUUUGUUAUCUAAGGAUUGAAAAAAAACUUUAAAAAUAUGAUUUUCUGUUGUGGCUUGAUGCAUUGAAAACUCGAAUAUUACAGUGUUGUACUGAAAUAUUAUAACUGUGGCUAAGUUUGUAACUAAUUUAAUGUUCUGGAGUGUGUUUUUUUUAUCUAUGUAUAAUCUUUAUAAUUUAAAAUAAAUAAAUAGUCUAUAUAUAUAUAUAUAUAUUCAACACAAGCUUUUAAAUGCACUUAAGAUCAGAUUUUUGAUUUUAUGAAAAGGUAAGAUUUAUGUGUUAUCUUUUUUCUUAUAUUUUUGCACUGGAUUCUAAUUCUAUGGUUUAUCAUUGUGAUUGUUUGUUUAGGGUGAAGCUAACUAAAAAAUGUCAGAAUAAAAAUAUUAAGAGAUUGAUAUGUUUUUCUUUUUUUUUGCUAAUUGAAUUUGUCAGCUUCCCAUCAACUUGAGGUAACUUUAUUUUAAGAUUUUGAACCAAAAUUCACUUUACUUAAACGUUACAUCUUCAUUCAUAUUGUUGUGAUGUUUAUUUGAGAAAACAAGUGGAUUAUCCACAUGAAUUUCUUAAUUUCAUGUACAGAAUUUCAAUAUAAUUUGCCUGGAAGUUUGCUACAAAAUACUGUAAGUACUUCUUAUGUACAACAUGUGUUUGCACUGUCAAAUUAUCUGUUGUUAAGGGUAAAAAUGCUGGAUUGCAUUAGAUCUGUCUUUUUAAAAUGUCCAAUGUUAUAAAUCUGACCUAAGCAAAAUUAGCUGUUGAAAAUGUAUGAAAUGGAAAAAAACAUUUUUGGUUUGGCUCAAUUAUGUAGAUGCAACCUGCAGCUCCAGAAAUUUUACCUUUAAGAAACUACACAUAUCUUAAAUAAUCUUUUGUAGUGUUGUAAUCUUCUAAAAGGUGAGGUUUUAAUAAAUUUAUGUUAUAUUUUUCAUUUGUACAAAACAUAAUAAAUAUGUUUCAACAAACUCUUUCUUGGCCCCAAAAUAUCCAGAAGUUUGCAGUUUUGGCACCCAUAACAGACGUGAGGUAAUUUUGCUUUCUGUAAACUUGUUUCACAGUGAUCCUUGUAGAAGGCACUGUUGGACUUAAUGUAAGUCCCCAACUUCUUAGGGAAGUUUGGUGAAACUGUUUUAUUUUGUCAGUUGUGUAGUUGAUAUGUUACAUGUUAAAAUAAAAUCUUUCAGUUUUGAUUAA